GGCUACUUCGGCUACGGCCAGAGCCCAACGCCGAACGGCGGAGCUGCUCCCCCCCGACAGAAUGGUCCAGUUCAGACAUACACCGCCACACAUCCAGCCAUGGGUUACUAUGGAGCCCCACCUCAGCAACAAAACUACUCCACCAUCUCGUCACACUGUACUGUUGUGUCCAGCAAAGCCCCCGUCACGAACAGUGCCCCUCAUGUGAACAACUACUACCCAAACCACCAUCAUGUAGCACCCCCUUGCUCGGCGCCCCUUCCCCAGCGACACACCGCCCCCUCGGCACCGCCGUCAAGCGGCCACUACGCCCAAUUCCCACAGCAGUUUCCGCCCUAUGCCACUCAAGAAGCUUAUUAUGGACAGAUGUCAUACCACAUGCCACAAGCUCAGUGUCAGCAACAGCAACCCACUUUGUUGCCAGCGCCACCUAGUGGUCCCGGGGCGCCAGUCUAUCCCAUCGUUUCCUACCCAUCUGCGCCAGGGACGAGCCAGUAUGGCACUCUUGUCUCUAGCCAGACUGCCACUGCGCCGGGAAUGUUGCAAUACAGCAACACCCAGCCAGCUUCUUCUACUACAACAGCAACGGGAGCAACGCACCCGGGGUAUAAUGUGGCUCCUCCCUCUCAGGUGGCACCAGCUGUCAAUGGUCAAAGAAGCACAGUCGCAAAUACUGCCCACCAACACUAUGAGCAUCAGGCCUCUCUAAACUAUGACUCCUACGGUGGAGGCGGGACGAACGGAGAGCGACCAGCAUCAGGAACUCCCGCAACAUCAGUACAUUCCUCACCUGGCCACCAUCAAGGGACGCAAUAUGGAUAUGUUGCUAAUAGCGCCGCUAGCUCGGCCUCGGGUGCGACCGCAGCCCCCUCGUCAUCCAGCUCGGAGGAUGAUGAGGAUGAUGAUGAUGAUGAGGAGGAGGAUGAGGAAGCAGGUGGCGACACGUCUUCGUCCACCACCGGCAGUGCGUCACCGGUGCCCAACAGCUACGAUUCCCUGGAAGGAGGCAAUUUUCCAGAUUCGAUGCCACCUCCGACCAAUCAAGCACCACCCUACAGUAGCUAUGGUUUUCCAGCCAUGCAGCCCGCUUAUCCGCAAGGACCAACCUCACUCACGGACUCGCCGGCUUCUCAGGACCUGCUUGGACCGACUGGCUAUCAGCAGUACUCCCAGCCUUUUCCGAGCCUGUCCCAGCUGUCUGCGGCCCUGGGGGGCCUGAGCGGGGUCCCGGAGCUGGAGGUGGAGGCUCUCAGGCCUCUAAACCUGCUCCAGGAGAGGAAUUUGCUCCCCCCAAGACCUCUGGAAGCCCCUGAACCCAACCUGAGUUCGGAGCUGAAGAAGGUCAACUGCAGCCCACAGACAUUUCGAUGUACCCUGACUAGCAUCCCUCAAACGCAGGCUCUGCUCAACAAGGCCAGACUGCCCCUUGGCCUCCUCCUUCACCCCUUCAGAGAUCUAGAGCAAUUGCCAGUCAUCACGUCCAACACCAUAGUCCGCUGUCGCUACUGUCGCACCUACAUCAACCCCUUUGUUACCUUCCUGGACCAGCGAAGGUGGAAGUGUAACCUCUGCUAUCGGGUCAACGAUGUACCGGAUGAGUUCAUGUACAACCCGGUAACGAGGUCCUACGGUGAACCCCACAAGAGACCAGAAGUCCAAAACGCCACUGUAGAAUUCAUUGCGUCAUCAGACUAUAUGCUGCGGCCCCCUCAGCCAGCCGUCUACCUGUUUGUGCUGGAUGUGUCACACAGUGCCGUGGAAAGCGGGUACCUGAAAUAUUUCUGCGAGUCGCUCCUGGAGAACCUGGAUAAGUUGCCUGGUGACUCGCGUACCAAGGUGGGAUUCCUCACGUUUGACAGCAGCGUCCACUUCUACAACCUCCAGGGGGGACUGUCCCAGCCACAGAUGCUGGUGGUAACCGAUAUCGACGAUGUAUUCAUACCAUCUCAUGACAGUCUAAUGGUGAACUGGAAGGAGAGUAAAGAGCUGAUCAAGGACCUGCUGACCUCCCUCCCCGCUACGUUCAGCCAGAGCAGGGAGACACACAGCGCACUGGGCCCUGCCCUGCAAGCCGCCUUCAAGCUCAUGUCGCCCACCGGCGGACGCGUCAGCGUGUUCCAAACGCAGCUGCCGACGCUGGGCGCCGGCUCGCUGCAGUCCAGGGAGGAUCCCAGUCAACGUGCCAGUGCCAAGGGAGUGCAGCAUCUUGGCCCCGCCACAGACUUCUACAAAAAAUUUGCACUGGAUUGCUCAGGACAACAGAUCGGGGUUGAUCUUUUUCUUCUCAGCUCCCAGUACGCUGACCUCGCCUCACUGGCGUGCAUCUCCAAGUACUCUGCUGGCAGCAUCUUCUACUAUCCCUCCUUUCAUCACAUCCACAACCCAGCCCAGUUGGAGAUGUUCCAGAAGGAUCUUGAGCGCUACCUCAGUAGGAAGAUGGGCUUUGAGGCAGUCAUGAGAAUACGAUGCACUAAAGGUUUAUCCAUCCACACGUUCCACGGCAACUUCUUUGUGCGCUCCACCGACUUGCUGUCCCUCGCUAACGUCAACCCAGAUUCGGCCUUUGCGGUCCAGAUGUCGAUCGAUGACUCUCUGGUUGACUCUUCUCUGGCAUGUUUCCAGGCGGCUCUGCUCUACACCUCUAGUAAAGGGAAGAGGCGUAUCCGGGUCCACACUCUUUGCCUGCCUGUGGUCAACCAACUGAGCGACGUGUACGCCGGCGCUGACGUCCAGGCCAUUACUUGCCUGCUUGCAAAUAUGGCGAUCGACCGCUCCGUAUCAUCCAGCCUGUUGGAUGCUCGGGACGCCCUCACGAACGCGGCGGUGGACUUUGUGAGCGCCUACAAGAACAACGUGUCCAACCUGCAGCAGUCUGGCCUCGUGGUGCCCGCCGUCAUGCGCCUUUUCCCGCUUUACAUCCUCUCUCUCCUAAAACAGAAAGCAUUUCGUACGGGAACGAGCACACGCCUGGACGAGCGUGUCUUCGCCAUGUGUGAGUUCAAGACGCAACCGCUACAGCAGCUAAUGCGGAUGGUCCACCCCGACCUAUACCGCCUGGACAAUAUGUCCGACCAGGGGGCGCUCCACCUCAACGAUACGCUGGUCCCGCAGCCUCCUCUCCUCCACCUGUCUGCGGAGAGGCUGAGUCGAGAUGGCGCUUUCCUCAUGGAUUGCGGCAGCGUGUUUUACCUUUGGAUCGGCAAAUGCUGUAAUGAAAUGUUCAUCCGAGACGUUCUAGACUACCCCAACUACGCUUCAAUUCCCCCAAAUAUGAAUUGCAUUCCUGAGCUGCAGACACUGUUGUCGGAGAGAGUGCGAGCGUUCCUCGACUGGCUGCAGGACAACAGAGCUUUCAGCUCCAUCGUGCACAUCGUCAAGGACGAUGCCUCGGCGAAAGCGACCUUCUUCCAGCACCUGGUGGAAGAUCGUUCCGAGUCGGCAUCGUCCUACUGUGAGUUCCUGCAGCACAUCCAGCAGCAGGUACCCUAGUCACAAGCACGGGGAUCGUAGUCGGAACACUAGUGUGAUUGGACCACGUAGGGGAGGGGCGCGGGGGCCGAAUGAGACUCAACCACCAAGGAACCUCUCCCGCUGCCCUGCUGCUUCCCCUCGAAAUGGGACUAGAAGGGAAAAUGGAGCCAAGAAGAUGCCACCUUUGUCGUAGCGCUGUAGUGCUGUUCUUUUUUUGUUUUUCAUUUUUGAAGAUUUUACUGAAUUUUAACUGAAAACACUGAAGAUGGGAAGCAUUUCACUGACUCGCACUCUGGAAGAUUAUGUUCCUGUUGGGAAGAACUAAUAGCGAUGGGAUGUUGAAUACCCCUCUCUGACCAAUCAUUGGGAAGGAAAAAAAAAAAAAACACCUGUCAACAAACUAUUUUUUCCCCCCCACUAUGUCUACUAUCCUCUUUGUAACUACUGAAAGAAUCUUUUACGAGCGAUAAUUUAUGAAGGAGCUUGUUAAAUAAAUAAAUGACAAACCCAA